UUGCUGAAUUGAGUUCGCACUAUUUCAACUCGGUGCAAGAUGAGAUUGUUAGGGUUGGCGUUAUUGGUUUCUUUGGCUGUGACUGCUGCCAGUCUAAUCCAAGAAACAGAUACUGUUGACAAAGAUAUUCAGUUGCUGGGAGAACUUGAAGAUCUUCUGAAUCGAGAUGGCAACAUCAAAGCAUACUACGAACCCGAAGCAGGGCAUGUCUUGCAUGAACGCACCGCGGAGUCACUGCUGCGUCAGUUUAAUACAGCCAAGAGAUCCCCAGCAGCACUGAGAAGACUCAAGAAACUACGACAACAGCUAACAGCAAGGAAUAGUGCACUGGCAGCACGGAAACCAAACCAAGAGGUAAAAGACCUAAUUGGUGCGAUAGAUGAUUCUCUAGGAAAGUCAGCCUUACGAACGACUUGUGACGUGACUACGCUAAAAUUCCGUACAAUCGACGGCAGCUGUAAUAAUCUUGGCGAACCCGAGCAAGGAUCAGCUGAAACUCCAUUGCUUCGACUCGUUACCAACGCUUAUGACGACGGACUAUCUAAACCUCGUUCACGAAAAGCCGCGGGGCUGGGAUCACUGCCUAAUCCAAGAGCUAUAUCCAAACAAGUUAUUGGUGGAUCUACCAAACAAAUUAAAUCAUUCACAUCACUUGGAGUACACUUCGGUCAACUGACUGACCAUGACCUUACAGCAUCAGAGAGCCAAGAAAUUGAAUGUGAGGAGUGUGAGAUGGAAGGCGAGUGUUUCGCCAUUAGGAUAUACAAAUCAGACCCAGUCUUUGGCCGCGUCCAGAAAUGCUUCCCAUUCAUCCGGGCAAAUCAUGAAGAAGAUCCCCAAGGUGUUCGUCAACAAAUAAACGAAGUCACGACCUGGCUGGAUGCUUCCUUUGUGUAUGGCUCAGAUGAACUCACUGCGGAACUACUCAGAGAUGAUUUUGGAUUGUUGAGACACUUGACUGAUGGAGUAACUGGGAGGGACUUGCUUCCUCCAAAUAAAGAGCUAACCCUUUGUGCCGGAGUAGAUGAAGAUGCUGGUAUCUUCUGCGGGCUCGCUGGGGACGGUCGGGUCGCUGAGCAGCCUGGCCUUACCUCCCUCCAUACCCUAUUCCUACGGGAACACAACCGCAUUGCCAGACAACUCCGGGAUCUUGGAGACCUCAGUGAUGAGGAAAUCUACCAAACAGCUCGCAGGAUUGUAGGAGCAGAAUGGCAGCAUAUCUUAUACAACGAAUACCUACCACAGAUUAUUGGAGAAACAUUAUACAGAACCAGUAAACUAGGCCCGAAUGCGCCGUUCCAAUGGGAAGGGCACCAAGACGCAAGCAUUGCUAACGUGUUCGCGGCAGCUGCAUUCCGCUUUGGGCAUACUGAAAUACCUGACGUCAUCAUGCGUGCUUCUAAGAGAUUCCAAACACAUUCCAUCCCCCAAAUCAAGGUGGCAGAGGCCUUCUUUAAUGCUUCGUAUAUAUUUGACGAAUCAAUACCUGAUGGUGCAGUAGAUUCUAUUUUGAGAGGAAUGACAAUUCAACAAUUGGAUUUGGUUGAUCGACAGCUGACGUCAGCAGUUACUGAAAACCUGUUUGGAGACCCGGAUGUUAAAGGGGAUGGAAUGGAUCUGGUAUCGCUGAAUAUUCAACGAGCACGUGAUCAUGGCUUACCGAGCUACGCUGUGAUACGAGAAGAGCUGGUAGGAGCCUCGCCAAUCUACAAAUACAGUGACCUGAAGGGAGUCAUGAGCAGACGGAAUAUCAAGAAACUCAGAAAAGCUUAUGGGAUACACGGUGUAAGAGACAUCGACGCCUUCGUCGGUUUUAUCCUUGAAGAACAUCUACCAAAUGCACUCGUGGGACCAACAUUGGCUACCAUCUUUGCAAACCAGUUCAGGCGACUCAAGUUCGGGGACCGUUUCUUCUACACAAACCCGCAUCAAUUUACAUUAGCUGAAAGAACGGAAAUAAAAAAGGCGAGCAUGGCCAGGCUGAUGUGUGAUAACGUUGAGGGCGUUAGAAAGAUUCAACCGUCUGCUUUCUUGGCAGCCACCGUGGACAGUGUUUCCAAACCGUGGUUUCCAUUCAAACAAUUUAGUUGGAUAAAGUAUCUCUUCCCUGGAUGGGGAGCAUCAGAGGAGGAAUCGAGUGAACCAGGGUGGAAAGGAUGGGGUAAGAAAAAGACUGCUCCAAGUUUACCAUUGUGGAAAGAGCUUGGUGGAUGGGGGGGCUCGGAUGAGUCAGGGGAUAGUGGAUCCUCGGAUGAAUCCGGGAAUAGUGGAUCCUCGGAUGAAUCCGGGAAUAGUGGAUCCUCGGAUGAAUCCGGGAAUAGUGGAUCCUCGGAUGAGUCAGGGCAUGGUGGAUGGGGUGAGUCGUCACUUGAAUCUGGAGAUCCCAAGAGAGUACGCUGCAGUAAUACUCAGAAAAUACCCGAGUUGGAUCUAAGUGUGGUUUUACUGUUACUCCUUCUUGUACCUAUUGUUUCUGCUCGACACAAUGAAGAAAGUGACGAAGCAGAAGACUAUGCGGAUGAUAUUAAAAUAUUGGAAGAUCUAGAGGACCUCAUCUUGAGACAGGGAAAUGUUGAAGCCUACAUCCACCAUGAAGGAGCUGGACACGGACCAAACUGCCGCUCUCCCAAAAACUUAUUGCAUCAGUUUAGCAGUAUCAAAACAUCGCCCGCAGCUGUACGGAAACUCAAGAAACUGUGGAAGAAGCUGGAACGAAAGAACGGCCCUUUGGCUAAAUUUACUCCAAAUUACGACAUGGACAAGAUCCGAUCGAGUAUCAUGGAUGUAUUAGGAAGAGCUGCCGUAACCUCGACCAAACACUGUGAUGAUACAGUUCCGUAUCGCUCAAUUGACGGAACGUGUAAUAACAUCGGUAACCCGGAGCAGGGUUCAGCCGGAACCCCCCUGCUGAGGGUGGUCGACAACGCGUAUGAUGAUGGUAUAUCCAGUCCACGCACUGCGUCAUUCUACUACGUGGAUGCAUUGCCCAACGCACGAGACGUCUCAAACAGUGUCUUCGAUUCAAGAAAUAAAACCAACCGGUGGUUCACAUCCCUAGGGAUUCAUUUUGCUCAACUGAUUGAUCAUGAUCUCGUUGCAAUUGAAGCUCAAGAGAGUAAGAUUGAAUGCGGAGAAUGUGACGUUCAUAAUGAGUGUUUCGCAAUCACAAUCGAAGACAAUGACCCAGUGUUUGGUGGGGCCCAGACAUGUUUUCCGUUCACCAGAUCAGAUCAUGACAGUAGCAGUCCAGGGGUCCGUCAGCAACUGAACUCUAUCACGACGUGGCUGGAUGCAUCAUUCGUGUAUGGGUCAGAUAAAAAGACUGCACAAUCUCUGAUUGAUGAUGACAAGUCAUACUCCUUAAAACACCUAACAGACGAAAAGACUGGUCGAGAUCUACUGCCUCCAAAUAAAGAUCUGGAAGCAUGUGCCGGAGUAGAUGAGGAAGCUGGUAUCUACUGCGGUCUCGCCGGGGACGGUCGGGCCGCUGAGCACCCUGGCCUUACCUCCCUCCACACCCUGUUCCUUCGAGAACACAACCGCAUUGCUAAAGAACUCCGGGAUCAAAAUGAUGAGUUAAGCAACAAUGAAAUCUACCAACAAGCUCGCAAGAUUGUGGGUGCAGAAUGGCAACAUAUUAUCUACAAUGAAUUCCUGCCACAUAUCACUGGUGCAGAGCUGUACAGCUCAGCCAACCUUGGUCCUACAGCGGAAUACCAAUAUGACCCUGACGUCGAUGCCUCCAUUGCUAAUGUGUUCUCUUCAGCUGCUUUCCGCUUCGGACACACGUUGGUACCAGACUCAAUUAGUCGUGCACCCAAAAACUAUCGCACCAAACAAAUUAAACAAAUUGAAAUGAGGGAAGCUUUCUUCAAUGCGUCGUAUAUGUUUGAUACAUCCAUUCCUGAUGGUGCAGUGGAUUCUAUUUUAAGAGGAAUGAGUGUUCAGAGACUGGAUAAAGUGGAUCGACAUCUCGCAUCUGCAAUUACUGAAAAUCUGUUUGGAGAACCACUCACAAAAGGAGAUGGAUUUGACCUUGCAUCGUUGAAUAUUCAACGGGGGCGUGACCAUGGCAUCCCGAGCUACACUGUGAUUAGAGAAAAGUAUUGCGGCUUCGAACCCAUUCAGACUUACAAUGACUUAAAGAAAGUCAUGCGCUCCAGAAACGUCAACGCACUGAGGAGGGUUUACGGGCAUGGAUUGGAAGACAUCGAUGCUUUUGUUGGUUUCAUUCUGGAAAAGCCUCUUCCCAAUGCUCUGGUGGGACCAACCUUGGCUUGCAUAUUCGCGGACCAAUUCAAACGACUCAAAUUCGGAGACCGUUUCUUCUACAAAAAUACGGACCAAUUUACAUCAGAUGAAAUGGACGAGAUUGAGAAGGUGACCAUGGCAAGAUUGAUGUGUGAUAACAUUGAAGGGAUCACUGAAAUCCAGCCCUAUGUAUUUAUGCCGAACAAGAAGUUCAAGAAGGCUGCAGAUUCUGGUGACAGCCGUUCUGGGUUUUGGCCGCACGAGGAUUCCUUCAUUCUAUCUGGAAUGAACAACAGGCGAGCUAGAUGCGACCGCCCUGACCUGAUACCGAGGAUGGACCUCGCCAAACUAUUCACCGUGAAGCACAAACGAGAUCUUGAGGACGAGCCGUAG